UCCCCUCAAACCUCGAGGCUCUUCCCAUUAGUGUACUUCUCCGUCUCUCUGUGCCUCGGUCCCUCUGUCUAUCCCUGUCUCCAUGAUCUCUCGACUCUUCUCUCCGUGAUUUUACCUCUUUUAUCCUUGCUUCCGAAUACGUUUUUUUUUUUUUUUUUUAAUUAGAGGGGAGCGGGUUUUUUUUUUUUUUUAAAAAAAAUUGCCGUUUUGUGGGGGUGCUGACGUGGCAUGUACCCGAAACGGCAUCAUGAAUACCAAAACGAUGCGCCUCCCGCCCCGUCGUGUUCUGACGUCCAAUGCCUUACAUAGAAAGCGCAAAGAGAGAGACGGAUUCGACGAAUUCAAGCCUUCGACAACGACGACGAAAUUGUCCAAGCCGGAUGCGCCUGAGGAAAAGCCGAUCUCGUUUAAUCGAAAUCGAUUACUGGCCGGGUACCUGGCCCACGAAUACCUUACGCGAGGUACGCUGUUGGGUCGGCCGUGGGAUCCGGUUCAAGACGAGGCCGUUUCGGUGUCGAACAGAGGGGAUCCGAACGGGAACGGCGAAGCUGAGGAGCGGCGGCGACGAGGACCACGACAGGUAGAAGAUUACGAGAGGUACGUGGGAGUAGCGAAUUUGCUCAAGACGGAUGGGGCCCACGUGCCGGGCAUUGUGAACCCCACCCAACUCGCUUCCUUUUUACAGAUGUGA